AUGCGUCAGGUGAGUGUGCUCGAAUUCAAUCGUCUCACCAAAUCAGCGGUACACAGACAGCGACUGUCAAUUCGAUUACCGAGCACUCGUGUUGUGCUGGAGAACCUGGAACCGCGAACAGUUUACAAUGUGACCAUCAAGGCAGGAACUGAUUUUGGAUACGGUGACCUUGGCUGGGCGUGUUUUUCGACCCUCGAUUACGGAGAAGAAAAUGUUUUGAAGUUGAAAGCACGAACGCCAAAUUCAUUGACACUUACAUGGCCAGCUUCGUGGCUGCCCGCUGCGACUGAACCUUACACAAUCCGCGCGAGAACCUUGCAUUCCGUUAGUGGCCGUGAACGUGAAGUCUCUAUAAGCAAUCACAACGAAGAUGGUUCAAAUCCAGAGUACGUCCUUCGAAAUCUGGAGCCAGGAUCGACAUUCAAUGUCACACUCUCUACUGCUUUCGAGUUUCUUAAAUUUAAAGCAAAUGGUGUAAGGUUAAUGAGUUUGAAGGUUCCUGCGAGCCGCGGUAAAUACUAUUUAAAGAAUCCGCUGGCGCCACCAAAUCGCAAAGCAACGUGGGCUGUAUUUUCGACUCUCGGACAAGGUUAUUAA